AUGUCUAUGAAAAUGGAAAGAAACAGAGAAAGCAGAAGAGUUAGUAUUUUGGGCUCUAAUGGCUUCAACAGAAGAGGGCUCAGAACAAGCAGCCUCACGGGCUCCCCAGAAUAUGGCGGAGGAGUUGAGUGGCCGGAGUCCGUGAGGUUGAGGGACAGAGUCAAUAGACAUCGAGAUUGUAGAGAGAGGAAAAGGGUGCACGAUGAAACUUCAGAAGAGAGCCUGAACGAUGACGAGUAUGACGAUAGAGAUGAAGCCACUGCCUCAGCCACCGUCGCCGGCAGAUUGUUUCUGCCGUCGCCGCCGUCGGGUUCUGUUUCCACCGACCACCAUGGUCAGCAGCAUACUAAUAAUCAUCAUCUUCAGCUUCGAAGAAGUUUUCCACCUGGGUUUUCUUCUUCGUCUACCUCCGAGGUUUUCGGAGCAACCCAUGUAUGGAGGCCCAGUGACGAAAUCAUCGGCGUUACAGUUCCCAGAAAACCUCGCUCUGCGAGUGCGAAGAGGUCACGUGAUUGGAAUUCAAGCAGAACCGACGGCGGCUGCGCCGGAGGAGCCAAGCAAAUUCUCCAACGAGCUUCCGGUUCUCCGGCUAGUCAGCCCGGCUGCGCUUCCACUUCAGCACCACCGCCGGCGGUUCCAAUGUCUCCUCCUUCUUCCUCCAAUUCUUUCUUUAAAAAGAAACUCAAGUCCGGUGAGAGUAAUACGGAGGCGAAGCUAAAGCCACCCAUGGCCUCAUCGUCGACUGGGCACGCUUCUUCGAGUGCCGCAGAGGAUUUGGAGCUUGAGAUUGCCGAGGUUUUAUUCGGCCUCAUGACUCAGUCGCAGGGCCCGUCGGAAAAAGACAAUUCCAAAGAAGUGCAGAGAUCCAAAGGGGAUGUUACUGUAGUAGCUCCGGCGAGGAAGAGGCUGAGGCCGGUGGCUGAGAAAACGGGUCGAAUAACCCGAAUUGACCCGGCUGCCGUCGAGCUUGAUAUGAAUCAGCCACCGGAGAGUGAGAUUUUAUCAUCAUCCUCUGGUUCUGAGAAAGCCCCAGGAUCUGCAAGUGGAAAUGGAUUCGAGGGCAGGGGCAGUUCGGUCAAUUCAGAUGGGCGGCCGGCAGCUCAGGCUCAGCCACAAGAUGUGAAGGAGAGAGAAAGUGGUAAUGUGAAAAAUGAGGAUGACCUUUGCAGUGAUUCCAGUUUGACAGCGACAGCUUCUUCAUCAGUUGCUGGUGAUAGUAUUACUGUUAAAACGUGCUCAGGCUCAGCUCAAGCACGAUCAUCGUCUCCGGAAAGUUCUGCACCAUCCGGUCAGGCGAAUUUGUUAGCUGAAGAAAGGAAAAGUAAAGGGACCGGUGAAGAAACUGAAUCAUGCAAGAAAAUCGAUUCUCAGCGGCUCGAAGUAAUGCCGGUUCAGAUGAAGAAAGAAGGCUCGGCCGCUGAGAAAUCUGGUCAACCAGAAAGUCCUAUAUAUAGUGGUUGUCCCGAUGGCCUUUCGUUCAUUCGACACAUGGCACCUGCCAAGAACAGCGCCACCGUAUCGCCUUCAUCCACACGGCGAUUAAUAACUCUGCCGAGCUUGAAAAGGUGCGCGAGGCAUUUCCUCAUUGCAAGGAACAUUGAUCGCCAUCAGAAGGUGAUGAAGAUGAUGGAUCCUUCUAGAAACCGGGCAGAUAAAGGUGUUGCUAGCACUCCCGAUCGUGUUGUGAAGGAGAAAGGAGGCUCUCGAAUCGUGACAUCUUCUAAUGCUGUUGAAAACAAGCAGCAGCAACACGUGAUUCAGAAUGAGAAAUUGCCUUCGGUUGGGCCGAGUAAUUUACUCCAAAAGGGGCCCAUGUCUUUGAACCAGCACGAAGCGACCCGGCCCAUCUCCUCCUCAAAACUUGGCCCAUCUUUGUCAAACCCGGCGAGCCCCACCUCAUCCAUUAGCUUCAACUACCCUCCUCCCAUGGACACCUCACAAUACCCUGCAAUGCUACAAAACAACAAUGCCUACCGUUUCCCGAUCGGGCCUCACUACCGUGGAGAAACGCUGGUGGCCUCCGGAGGCGCGGGCUCUCGAGCUCGCACAAGUAUUCUCGGCCCGAAUUUCGCCAUGCCCGUCCACCCUCAGUUGCUAGUCCAAAACCGGGCAAUCUUCCAGAGCUUUCCAGAAGCUACCGGACAGCACCACAUCCAGAUGAUGGCUCCCGGGCAAAAGAGUAAUAAUUUCAUAAUUGCCGAGGGCGAAAAAUUACGAAUUCGUGAUGUAUCGACUGAUGAAGCUGAACGGGAAAAUUUGGCCGAAAAAGCUCAACAGCCAAUUAUUCCUUUAAUGAGUUCAGGCUCAAUAGAUAGCAGCAAUGUAGUGACUGGCAGCUCAGGCCAGUCUAUGACUGCAUCAUCUGUAACGGCGGGGAAAUAUCUGUCAAACUUUCCGCAAAAUCUCACCCAGAGCAAUAAUGGCUGCCGGGUCCAAUCUCCCCAUUGGAGUUACUUGUCAAAAACACCAUUUUCCCAAGCUCAAUCCUCUCUGCCCCACUCGAACCCCAACCAGUAUCAUCAAUCUCAACCACAAACACAAAAUCAAAUAUCUUUCAGCGCAAAUCAAAAACUACCGACAACUGCACAAGCUCAGUCCCCCACUAAUUCCUCAGUUUCCACCAAAGCUGGCCAAACCCCAAUCUUUUCACCCCAACUACCAAAAAACUUGUUAUCAAAUCCCAGCACAUUGGGGAACCGUAAUGUCAUGACUGCAAUGCAGGCACAACUGUAUCCACAAGUCCGAUUUCCUCACUCUGCUGUCAGGAGUUUCAGCCCGAAUGGGGUUUACAUGCAUCGGACGAGGCCCGACCAGCACCUACAACCUGUCCUGUUGCCCAACAGUUUGACCAGAAAUGACCCAUCUAAGGCAAUUGUUGCAACUACUAGUGAUGUGACAGGUGGCAGCUCCAUCCACACUGCUCGUAUUGGUGGGACCCUCUUGCCAGCUGGUUUUUUGUAUAUUCACCCUGUUGUUCAGGGAGCUAAUCAGAUGAAGCCUGCUGAGCAAAAGUAA